AUGAUGCUCGAAAUUAGUGCGAUGACAACGAUAUUACGCAGAAUGUUUAGCAAGAAAGCAUUCAAGCCGGACCCUAAACCAUACGCCGGUAUUCGUAAAAAAAUGAAAUCAAUGAAAAAUGAGUCGGUUGAUACUUUCGAUGCUGAAGACGUAAGUGAAUUCGAAGCGGACUUUAUGAAUGUCGGUAUUAGCCAUAAAAUGUAUGAAAGGGAGAAGCAGAGCAGGAAAGAACGUCUUAAACAACAGAUUGUUAUUCAAAAGUAUUUUAAAGAGAAAGAACCACGUUUUCUCACAUUUUCUGAAAAGGAACUUAUUAAUAAGUUACAUAACUUCAAUCCUGAAGAGUGGACAAUAGAGAAACUCAGUGAGAGUUUUCCUGCUUUACCAGAGACAAUACAAAAAAUCUUGCACACUAAAUGGUCACCAAAAUCAGUGGAGAAGGUUGUAGCAUACGACAAUGUGGUGAAGCGAAAUUGGGAAAAAUUCCGGAUGGGUGAACUUCUAUUAAAUCCCAUACUCAGUGAACACCUGACAAAAUUUAAGGACAGGAAAAUUAUUUCGACAGACAGAGAAUUAUUAGCGAAACAGUUUGUCUCUACACCAGAAUUUAAGAAACCAAAGAGUCAGUUGUUCUCUAGUAUUGUACAAAUUUCUCUAGAUGAGAAACAGGGGGAUAUGAAAUUAUCGCAAGAGCAUAAUUCAAGUAAAUUGACAGAUAAAUCUAAUCAUGAAAAUCAGAAUUUAUUGACUGCAAGCACUACGACCGAUAGUAUGGCUGUUACUAAAAGUACAGAGAGGACUUUCACAUUAAAUAAGAAACUAUCUUCUACAUCGCGUAUAGAUUCACAAGAACAUGAUGUACCAUUUACUAAGAAAAAAGGGAAGCUACUUACAUUCGAUGAAUUUGUAAAGGUGAAACUUAAAGAUAUAAAUGAGGAAUCUCCGGAAGAAGGUACCACUCUCCUAAAUACAUACAGGAAGCAAAUAGAUAGUAGUCAAGAAAUGCAGAGUAUAGAAAUUGCCACAGCAUCUGACAAUGCAGUAAUUUAUCCAAAGGAAGAUGCUCUAUCCAAAAUUGUACGGCAACCUGAGAAAGAUGUUUCUAUAAAUUCUAAGGAUAAAAAUAGAAACUUCAAUAUCAUUGAAGCAGAUGACAAUUUGUUAAAUACUUCCAUCAAAGCGUGGAAUAAAAAAGUGGACGUAGAAUUAAACUAUGCUAAGCCAAUAAAGAUUGCAAAGCAUCUUUACAAACCUGGAAUGACGUAUCGGAUUAGCGAUUGUUAUUAUGAUGAUGACGGAGAAUUUUUAUAUCGCGUUCCGAGUGUACAUAGUUGAAUGUCAACUUAUAGAUUAUUAAUAUAGAUAACAAA